UUUUCCCGGGAAGGUUUCACGUGGCGCCGCAUCUCCUCCGCUGUUCCCGGGCCCCUACCCCCGUUGGGGAGCGGCACGGCCAUGAGCCACCUGCGGGCGGCAGCUGCCAGGGGUCUCCGGCGGAGCGGCAGGAGGGCAGUGUCGGCGGCGGCGGGGAAGCGCAGGAAGGGCGCGUCGCCCCGCCGAGGGGCCCCGGCUCCAGCGCCUGCUCCGCCGCCCGCCCGGCAUCUCUUCAGCGACCCGGCUGAGGUCGAGGCCCUGCGCGGGAACCUGCUGGCUUGGUACGACAAGUGCAAGCGGGACCUUCCCUGGAGGACGCUGGCUGCAACUGAGCCGGAUGCCGACAGACGGGCGUACGCAGUGUGGGUGUCUGAGAUCAUGCUCCAGCAGACGCAGGCAUCCCCUUUUGGAGACCUUGUUCACUGCCUGUGGCAGAUCCCCAGCUGCAGAGCAUGGCUCUGCUUGUCCCUGACUUGUCCCCUUCCCUCUGUACCACAGAAGUGGCCAACACUGCAGGCUCUGGCACAGGCAUCGCUGGAGGAGGUGAACGAGCUGUGGGCAGGACUUGGCUACUACUCCCGAGGGAAGCGUCUACAGGAAGCAGCAAGGAAGGUGGUGUCCGAGCUGGCUGGCCAGAUGCCCAGGACGGCUGAGGACCUGCAGAAGCUGCUGCCAGGAGUGGGCCGAUAUACGGCAGGAGCCAUCGCAUCCAUCUCAUACAGGCAGGCUACCGGUGUCGUGGAUGGGAAUGUGAUCCGGGUCCUGUGCCGCCUGCGGUGCAUCGGUGCUGACUCCAGCAGCCCAGCUGUCAUCGACCGGCUCUGGGACAUGGCCAAUGUCCUGGUAGACAGGAGCCGCCCGGGGGAUUUUAACCAAGCCCUGAUGGAGCUGGGGGCAACUGUGUGUGUGCCCAGGGCCCCGCUGUGUGGGGAGUGCCCUGUGAAGCAGCACUGCCAAGCACGGCACAGGGUGGAGAAGGAGCUGGCCUUCGCCUCUCAGAAGCUGUUUGGAAAACCCACCCCAGUGCCUGAUGUUGAGGACUGUGGUGUUGGGGACUGUCCCCUGUGCCCCCCAGCUGCGGAACCGUGGGACAGCAGUCUGGGGGUCACCAACUUCCCCCGGAAAGCAGCAAAGAAACAGCCGCGGGUGGCACAAACAGCUACAUGUGUGCUGGAGCGGAGGGGCUGCCACGGGGCCCCGGAGUACCUCAUCGUGCAGAGACCCAGCUCGGGUCUCCUGGCCGGGCUCUGGGAGUUCCCCAGCCUCCCGCUGGCUCAGGGCCUGCAGGAGGAGAAGCAGAGGGAGGUGCUGGCAGAUCACCUCCGGGCCUGGACGGGGUGGCCGGUGGUGGCGGAAGGCCUGCGGUUCAUCGGAGAGGUCGUCCACAUCUUCUCUCACAUCCACCAGACGUAUGUGGUCUACUCCCUGCCCCUGGAUGGGGAUGUGACCCUGGACCCUGCCUUGUCCCCAUCCCGCUGGGUGACAGAGGAGGAGUUCCAUGCCUCAGCUGUGUCCACGGCCAUGAAGAAGGUGCUGAAAGCGUGUGAGAAGCAGCGUGGGGAGGAGAGCAGCCCUGGCAAGGGCUCCAAGCGGAAGCGGGGGGCAAAGCCGCAGGGAGCAAGCAGCACCCGCCCUGGGACACAACUCUCCCUCCGCGCCUUCCUCCAGGCACCCACUUCCUCAUGAUGGUACCUUUGACAUCUGAGACCACCGGAGACCUGCAGUGCAGUGAGUCCUGCCCGUGACAUUGGGCUGGUGUCCCCCGCACUGCUGCAUGCCCGGCCCACGGCCCUGUAGUGAUCUCCUGCUCCUCCUUGCAGAGUCCGCUGGCUUCCCCAGCUCUCCUGGGGGAGUUGUGCCUUGAUGUGACCUGGAGCCAGGCUUGCCCUCCCCCCUCAGCUGGAUCCCUCCUGGGGUCACUGGGGACUGCAGUUUCUCUCCGGCAGCAGGAAGGCUGCGGCCACACUGCUCCCAUAGCCCUGUCCCCAGUUCCCCGCCUGCACCUCAUCCACCAGCCAGCGAUUGUGGAUACUGCUGUACCCUUCCCGGCCUCCCGUAGCCCUUUUUAUACACUUGUUUUUACUGAACCUGAGCCACGGGCUUUUUAGUAAUAAAUCUAAAGUGGGUGGGGUUUUUUA